AUGGCGAAUUUUUCUGAUCUUCCCAGGGAGAUCCGAGACAUAAUCUGGGCGCUCGUCCUUCGAGAUAAUCAUCCGGAUGUUCACAUAUUUGGGCACCGCGAUGAGGACAAGAAAGGCAUGGCUGAGGGCCGUUCUCUCAUGCAUGGCAACCUCUUCAGUGGUAUACUCUUGGAGCCAUCGCCCGAUAAAUACUUCGCCAACCUGGACAAGGACCGCAAGAACGAGAACAUGUCCACGUAUCUCAUCGACGGUGCAAUGUGGAAUACCUGCAAAGAGUCGCGACUUGCCAUUCAAAAGCACUUCAGCCAUUAUCAGUGGUCGGGUGAUGAAUGGUGGCUGUACGCGCAAAGGUCCUCUAGAGUUUGGGCUGAACAUCCUUGGAACAAAGUGUUUCGGAUGCCCUCCACAGGAUACUUCGAGGGAGGCUCCCUAAAUUAUUUGACAGUCUUUCCACGCAGAGAUCUGUUUGUUUUCCAACCCGUUAAACUCGACGGUGUGAUUCAGUACUCUUUUGGGUCACGUCAAACGAAAGGUGCCAAACAGCCAGUUUUUCAGAGACUCCAGCACAUUGCAGUUGAAUAUGACCCAGAGUGGUGGGACCUAUUACAUAGUUCGGACGUUCCAGCAAUCAUUCAGUUGAUUGGAAAUGCUUUAGAGCUGAAGAACAUCCAAAAGCUGUGGAUUAUUGAUCAUAACCUCAAAAGAAAAAAGAACGCGCCAGCUUUUGACGAAAAAGGAGAUCACUGGGCAUCGCUCAACGCAUUCUACGCAAGAGACAGGAAGUUCCUGGAAAUCGACUGGCUCAAUUAUUCUGGCGCACUGGAUGACUGGGAGUUUGUAAAGCCAGGACGGGACACACCAAAUAAAUAUGGCGAUGCAUCGGUUUGCCUUGUGCGGUAUUUAAACGACGUUAUCCAUAACAGCCGGACUAGUUCUGGAUAUCGUCAUUGCCGUGUUCAGCAUCAUCCGCAUUACUGCGAAAUCGGACUUCUCGGGUGGGACGAACUUUGA